CAAACCUCUAUAUACUUCAACUCCAUCUUUGCAACAUCGCUGUAGAAUAACUAUAAACAAAUGUACAAAUAAGAUCUUGGAACUGCCUUUACCAACAAGAUUAAAAGAGUACUUGAAAGAGUAUCAAUACCAGCUCUGGGUGUGGUACUUUCAUGUGGCUGAGCACACACUUACGAUGGAAGUCAAUACCUCCACUGAAUAAUGAGUCCAAAUGUUUGUUACAAAACCCCAACGGAUUUCAGGGGUGAGAUGAAAAUUCCAUUGCUGGUGAAGAAGUGUAUAGUAGUGGCUGCCUCAGUGGGCUACGUCUCAAGACAAGACUGCUUCUAUGAAGAGCAGCAGAUGGAUGCCAGAGACAAGCAGGUUCUGCGCUCCCUGCGGCUGGUGCUCUGCUCAGAGGUGCUGGUGGAGGGGCUCAUCAUUCACUAUCUCUACCAGGAAGGCGUUCUAACAGAAAACCACCUUCAAGAAAUAAAGUCCCAAGCCACCAAUCACAGAAAAACCAUGAUGCUUCUAGAUAUCCUUCCUACCAGAGGACCCAAGGCCUUUCGGACGUUCUUAGAUUCCUUACAGGAGUUUCCAUGGGUGAGAGACCAGUUGGAGAGAACGCGUAAGGAAAUUAUGGCAGAGGAUCUUGUAGGAAUGAUGCCUUAGGCAAGACCUCUAUGGCUCCAAAAGAGAGAGUUCAACGUCUGCCAUCUUGGAUUACCUCCAGAGCUGAAAGCAUUAGUCUCUACACCUUGAGCUAAAGAGCCCAGCUCUGAAGCUAGGGACUGUAAUAUGCUUGCCUUCUCUGAGGGUUGGGUACAGAGGGGAACAAAGCACACUGAACUGUAGGUCACACAUGCCUACCUAUUUCCUCCUUGAAAGGUUCAAAGCUCCUGGUCAGAUUCUUCAAGUGUUGCAACCAUCCAUUCUGGGGAUAGAAACACUGAUUUCUAUGACAAGUCACAACUAAGCAGCUUGAAUUUAGAAUGAUAUUGUUCGUGAUCGAGCUACAGACUUAAAAAAAGGUGUACAAAUAUUCCAGGGAUCAGUAUCUAUUUAAUUAAAGCUAUUGUAAUAAUUGGAUUCCUAAGAUUAAACUCCUCCAAAGUUGCUCUUUCAAGUCCUUUAAGGUUCCCUGAACAAAAGAGUGGGGAAAGCACUAGUUGCUUCUUGUGCAGGGAACACAUAAAUCACCAGCAUGUACAUUUUCUAAGCAACCUGCUAAAAUAAAUUUAAAAUUUGCUGGUACAAUAGAACUUCCCUGUUUUAUUAGCUCAAGAACCACUGUUCUUGCCUUUCUCAGUACAUUUAAGUUAAGUGCUCACUGCAAAAAUUGUGAACAAGGUUUUACACACAUGACCAUUGUGUUUGUGUCAAAAAAGAGCCUUCUCCCUUCUAGAGACAGAUAUCUGAAUGUUAGACUCCAGCAGGUGUUAAGGAUAGAUAUGAAAUUAUGUAUCUGAAUUUUCACUAAAAUCAGGAGUUGGAGACAGUGGAUACAACUGAAAUCAAUAGUUUUGGAGUGUAUGAAUUUUCAUCUGUCAUAACGUUACUUGUUUUUUAGUCACUUGUUUUGUCAUUUUUAAUAUGUUAGUAUUUUAAUACUUGUCAUUGUUUGAUAGUGAAUAAGUAUAGAACUUUGGCUUGCUGCAAUUAAUUGUAACUGCAAAUGGAAACAUGACUAUUAUGGUCAAAUGGCAUAUACAUAAUCUUACUGUUUGCAUCCUGCAAAUGUACCAUGCUGCUUUUCACAAACAGAUUUUACUUUAAACAAUCUAUAGGAAUGCAUCUGUAAAAGACAUGACAUAAUGACUAGUCCUAAAUUGGUACUCUAAGGUUCAGUAAACAAAUUUGCAUUUAACUAUGCAGUGGUUUCUGUCUCAAAGAAAACACAUACUGUAAUCAAGCUAGUGGCUUAUAAUAGUGGCUUAACAGAGGGACUUACAUCAAGGAAUUGAAACCAGUUGUAGUAAAAGUUGAUGAUGCUGUCUGGAUUUAAUCAACCUAGCUAUUUAUUAGAAAAGCCACUGGCUGAUUUAACAGUUCACAUGAAAAAAAAAAAUGUGGCACCUUUCUGGAAAAAAAAAUUUCUUAACUGCUUGAUUUAAUAAUACAAAUCUACUGUAAAGUCUUAAGAAUGUUUCUGGCAAGUCUGUUUUUUUUCUUUCACAAAAAAGGACAUCUUAAAGCUAAUUAGUUCUAGUACAAGUCUUCAGAAAAGUCUAGUUACAAGAGGGAAAGAACAUGUUUUUAUUUACCAGAUUUUAGUAAAAUAAAUGAAUGAACACAUGUUUCUAUCACAAUGUUUCACAAUGUUUCUACAUCUGAAUUAAAAUUAAACCAAAACUUAUUUUUUAUCAUGCAUUGCAAAUAAUUUACAAUAAUCCUUUUGGGUAUUUAUAGCAAAUAAUUACCUUUUUU